CUCCAGUGUGUAUAUCGAAUACGGAAUGUAUGGUAAAGUGUACGUUGAUGGUGUUGAGGUUUGUGCUGAUGGAGUAACUAACCACACAUAUGAAGCACUGUGUCAGUCAAAAGGAUAUCAUUACUACUUUUACAACAGUUCUUAUCCAAACUAUCCCUACAGGACACUGGACAUCAACUGCUCAGAUACAUACGUACAAAGCUGUUCUGCAGAAUACAGACCCCAAUAUUGUUCGAAUGCCUUGUACCUGACCUGUGAUUUCCUUGGAAUAAGACUUGUUGGAACUGGGUAUCCAUGGAAAGGCACGAUAGAGAUCAUACAUAAUGGUCAAUGGGGAACCAUAUGUGACGACAGCUUUGAUAAACAAGACGGUGACGUCAUUUGUAAAAUGUUGGGAUAUUCACACUCAAGUCAAACUUACCAAAGUGCACACUAUGGACAAGGGAGGGGUCCAAUAUGGCUGGAUGAUCUAGGUUGCAAUGGAUAUGAGAGUGACGUAGCUUACUGUAGUUCCAGGGGUUGGGGAAGCCAUAAUUGUGGACACUCAGAAGAUGCAGGAGUCGAUUGUACCAACUCCACGAAAAAUGAAUACGAAACUACCACAUAUGAUCCCUGUUAUGGGUAUCAUUGCUACAACGGUGGAACCUGUUUUGUACGAAACAAUGGUUAUCCUGGCUACUACUGUGUUUGCCCAAACGGAUACAGCGGGACAAAUUGCUACUAUGAGACAACGACUUUUGAUCCUUGCUAUGGAUAUCCCUGUCGACAUGGUGGUACGUGUUAUCGCAACUAUGGUUACCCAGGAUACUACUGCGCAUGUGCAAAUGGAUAUACUGGCCAACACUGUGAUGCCUCUUUCGGUUUUUCGGUGGAAAAUGCCAUCUCUGUUGCAUGUACGGAUAAUACCUGGGACAUUUCCGUUUACCUGCCAUCGUUCUACAACAGGUACCCCGACUUCAAUUCCAAUGACAUUUAUUUAGGAUCUGAUAGUUGCACUGGCUACGUGAAUGGGAAUUACCUCCACUUCCGGUCUGAUUAUUCCGCCUGUGGCACUGUCACAAGGACGCUUACUGAUCAUGUUGUGUAUACCAAUCAAUUAGUCUAUGCCCUUCAUGAUCCAAACCAUCAUUACAUUGUUCAUGAAUAUCGAUUCCGUGUUCCCGUGGAUUGCUAUAUGAAAAGAAAUGAAGAAGGAUCCGGUCAUUUUAAUCAUGGUCAUGACGUCACAAUUCCUGCAGCUCAUCACGUGACAGGGUCGACACAUCACAGUGUUCAUUUACAGUUUUACACGGAUUCUACAUUCCGAUACACAAAGCCUUUAUAUGGAUCUAGAGUUGGCGAUAGAGUAUACGUUAAGGCCUAUACCGAUGUGAGAGACUACAAUCUUAAAAUGAGAAUUUCUGAUUGUUUUACAACGCCUACUUCAUCGUCAUUCUCAAGCUUGAAAUAUUUCAUCAUUCAAAACGGAUGUGUUAUUGAUCCUAAUGCCAGAAUACUUUCGCAAACAACACACGAAACAAGGUUUUAUUUCCAAGACUUUGAAUAUUCCACCAAUCACGAUUCUCUAUACCUUCACUGCAAUGCUACGUUUUGUAAAUCGAAUGACUAUAGCAAUUCAUGUGAGCAAACCUGUCAACGUGCCAGAAAGAGAGUAGGAGGGGGUAACAUUUUAUAUGAUGGUCCAGUGGACUCUGUGACAGUUAAUAACGCUGUCAGAUUGACACAAGCUGAUGGCACUGGAAGUUCAAGCAGAAGAGGCAGUUCUACCGUGAUAGCGGUUCUCUCUGUUGUGUUUGGAAUAAUCUUUAUAACCUUAGUCACCUUCAUGGUUCUAGGGAAGAUAAAGAGAAUCAGACAAAAGAAAGCACAAGUUGUUUAGCAUAGACGGAUGCUCUGAUUUCACCAUGACCAAGUCAUUAUCCUAGAUCAAUUUAAAUUUGUGAUUUGAACUAUUUUCUUCCAA